CUGUGCAUCUGAAAGAAAAGUGAAUUACUCCACAAGGAUUUAUUUCAGUGUGUCAUGCCCGCCUGGCUCAAGGCAGCCACAACAUAAAGGGGAGACCACGCCAUUGCACAAUUAACAAAAGACAUUUAUUAAAGUAAAGUAACUAUAUACAAAAGUCAGUGCAUGAAAGAUAAAGCAAAACUGUAGUGUAUAUCAGCAUAAUGAAGUGGAUUGCAAAAGUAAAGCAAAAGGGUCAAGCGCAGCCCGCUCUGGCCCCCAACGCGAUAUAGCCAGGAGAGAGUAGGAGAGACCCCCGGUAGACUGCCAAGCCUAUACUUCUCCACCUCCCAAUCACGCCAUCAAUUAGCCUACGUCACUAGGACUGCAAGCUCCCCCUGCAGGCCAAAGACAGGAAGAAGAAGAAGAGCCCGUUGGAAGAGGCAGUGCAGUUUGGACUGCCAUCUGCAGAGACAGUGCAAGGAAGACUCUUAAGAGCUUUCUGUGUGACAGUGUUCCUGAGUGUGUUGAUGCUCCCGCUGCUGAGGACUGUGGGAUUGCGUGCGUUCUCCAUGGCGACUGAAGCGUAUUCAUCCGGGACUCACUCUGCAGCCUUUGUCACCUGCCCCAAUGACACCGUGGCCAAAGACCUGGCCAGAGGGAUAGUGGAGAAGAAACUGGCAGCCUGCGUGAACAUCGUGCCCAAAAUCACAUCAGUAUAUGAAUGGCAAGGAAAGAUCGAAGAGGACAGUGAAGUGCUGCUGCUGAUGAUUAAGACGAGGACGACAAAGAUCUCUGCCCUCGCUGAAUAUGUUCGGUCCAAUCAUCCGUACGAAGUGGCCGAGGUCAUUAGUUUGCCCAUCGAUCAGGGGAACCCUCCCUACCUGAAGUGGAUUGGAGACAUUGUGCCUGAAUAAAUGAGCAAAAUCACAGACAGGAUGAAAGAAAUUCUCCACAAGAUCCUGAAAGAAAAAAUGCUGGUUAUUUCUGUGUGUUCAUGAAGGAGGAAUCAAUCUCCUUAUUUUUAUUAUUUUCUGAUAUAAAAAUGUGAGCAGAACAACCAGCAGCACCAAUAAUGUGCAGCUUUGACCUGAAAUAACUUGUUUCACUUUAAUAAAAAAGAUGCCGCUUGCUGUAAAAAAAAAAAAAAGGCCAAAGACAGACACAACACAGAGCCAAUAACACUGGCAAACGGAACUGGAAACGUGACGAACCCAGCACAGGCAAGCUGGGGCGUCACACUUAGCAAACCAUCAGCUCUACAAAAGCAGAAAUUGAUUUCUUUCCUUUUUUUUUUAAGAGGCUUCUCUUACUGUUGCCCUUUUUACUGGUUAAGAAACUCCUUGAGGCACAGUGGUAUUGUGCUCUAUUGUUUCCAUUUUUAAGAAUGGGUUUGAUGGUGCUGCACAGGACAUUCUAUUUUUUUAACAAUUAAACCCUGAUUGAUCCUUUUACAGAA